AUGAAGUUUAACGACGGUUUUUGGCUACUCAAGAACGGUGUCAGGCCAUACUUUGGAAUUCAGGUUGUCGAUGUUCAUCCGACUUCAGAUGGCUUAGGAUACGACCUUCAUGUUGCGACUAAGCCUGUCAAUCAUAGAGGAGACACACUAGCUGGGCCAGUCUUCACGAUCAAGGUCUAUUCACCGACAGAAGGCGUAAUUGGCGUCAAGAUCGAUCACUUCAGUACCAUCAAGUCUACCACCAAUAUUCAUUUAUUCCCUGAUGAUCCUCCCAUCCCCAAUGUCACACUUGAUCAGGCCGAUCGGUCCUUCUCUGUUUCCAGUGGUGGCCUCACCGCAGUGGUCACCGGAAAUCCAUAUACUGUCACCUUCAAAUCUCAGCAUCGCACGCUAACUUCUUCGGGUCACAAAUAUUUGACGCUAUAUGAUAUCCCUUCGAAGUGGACCCUCACCACGGCCGCGAAUAGCUCCUGCCUGAUGACUGAUCGUGGUUCCAAUCCAAAUCCCGAGCCCAAACCUGAUAUCGUGAGGUAUCUCCACUCGGAACUAAACACCUCACCUGGUGAACUUGUGUAUGGCUUCGGGGAACAAUUUGGCGCUUUCGUCAAGAACGGCAAUCAACGCGUUGCGGCAGGCCAAUCCAUCAGAAUUUGGAAUCAAGAUGGCGGAACUUCUAGUGAUCAAGCAUACAAAUGUGUUCCGUUCUAUAUAACGAACAGAAACUACGGCGUAUUUAUCAACAAUCCCGGUGAAGUUGAAGUUGAAGUAGGAAGUGAGAAAGUAUCCAGAGUCGGAAUCUCCCUUGCGAGCAACAGCUUAGAGUAUUUCAUCAUAUAUGGAAGGACACCGUUGGAGAUUUUGGAACGAUACACCAGGAUGACUGGGCGUCCUGCCAUUCUCCCGAGCUGGACUUUCGGCCUCUGGCUUUCCACGUCAUUUUUGACCUCAUACUCCAGCGAUACCGUUUCUGGUUUCCUUCAAGGGAUGCAGGAGCGAAAAUGCCCCGUUAGAGUCUUCCAUCUAGACUGCUUCUGGAUGAAGCAAUACGAGUGGUGCUCGUUCACAUUUGACCCCGAUAACUUUCCCGACCCCAAGACGUACCUUUCCGAGAUCAAGCAGAAAUACGGGGUGAAGAUAUGCUUAUGGAUCAAUCCGUACAUCUCUCAACUCUCCCCGGUCUUUCAAGAAGGCGUUCAAGGUGAUUUCUUCAUCAAACGGAAAGAUGGGACGCUUUGGCAAUGGGAUCUUUGGCAACCCGGGCUCGCUGUCGUAGACUUUACAAAUCCGGCGGCAGGGGAGUGGUACAAACGCAAGCUUGAGGCGUUACUUGAUCUUGGUGUCGAUUGUUUCAAGGCGAGCGAACGUAUUCCUUACGCCUCGGUCGUCUACCAUGACGGAGCUGAUCCCAUGAGGAUGCACAAUAUGUAUUCCAUUAUCUAUAACGAGCUUGUCUUCAACAUUCUGAAAGAACGCUUUGGAGAAGGAGAAGCGGUGGUAUUUGCUAGGGCAUCGUUUGUGGGAGGGCAACGUUUCCCUGUACAUUGGGGUGGCGACUGUGAGUCUUCUUUUGAAGCCAUGGCAGAAACGAUUCGGGGCUGUCUGUCUCUGACACUAUCUGGCUUUGCGUUUGCUUCUCACGACAUUGGAGGCUUCGAGGGACAUCCACCGCCUGAGAUAUAUCAACGAUGGGUCGCAUUUGGGUUGUUCUCUUCCCAUUCCCGACUGCAUGGGUCCUCAUCGUAUCGUGUGCCAUGGAGCUAUGGUGAGGAUGCCGCAAAAAGUAUGGCCCGGUUCUUGGAUACAAAGCACCAGUUAAUGCCUUACCUUUAUGAUCUGGCUAUUCAGGCUCGUAUCAAAGGCCAUCCGAUGCAACGGGCCAUGUUCCUGGAAUUUCCAGAUGAUCCUACGACGCAAUGGCUGGACCGCCAGUACAUGCUUGGCCCUUCCCUCUUGGUUGCCCCCGUAUUUGUCCCGAUCGAGGAGGAGUCAGUCUACUACGUUCCGGCUGGCCGUUGGACAUAUUAUUGGGACCAAUCUAGGACCGUCGUGGGGCCACUUUGGGUGCGGGAAGUUGUCCCUCUCGAUGAGAUACCGCUGUGGAUCCGUCCCGGUACGAUUCUUGCCACCGGUCCCAAGGGAAUUGGCCGGCCCGACUACAACUACACACAAGGCAUCAACGUCAACGUGUAUGGGUUGCUUGAAGGACAGACUUUGAAAGCCAGUUUGCCCGCUCAGCACGGCAUCAAAACGGCAGCCGUUAUUAGCGCCGAGAGGACAGGUACGGGCCUUCGUUUAGAGGUACAAGAGGGAGAAUGCGAUAUUAGUUUUCUGGGGAUACAUGAAGAAGGAAUUGCUGUCAAGAGUGUGGUAGGGGGAGCAAAGUUUGAGGAGCAUAACGAUUUUGUGGGGCUGAAGUUGGACGGACAAUUGAAAGAGGUCGUAUGCACUAUGGGAUCUUAA